AUGAGACUGGUGACUCUGGUUGUGGUGUGUGGCCUGAUUGUUGGACAGGAUGGAGACAGUGUGGGAGCAGCUCUGCCGGGAUUUGACUCUGCACAGAGGAUACGUGCAACAGGAUCCAUCCUGUCUGCACUGAGGAGAAGGAGCACAGGAGAGUUUGUGGCGGAGGAUACCAGCCCGUGUUUGUCCCUGAGGGAGAAUGAAGAGCAGCGGCAGCUGCUGUGUAACGACCGUAGGAGUAAAUUCAACUUCAACCCGUUCGGCCUCCGCUUCGGGAAACGAUACAACGGCUACAUUUACAGGAGAGCCGUGAAAACAGCCAGGACAAAUAAGUUUUCACCCUUUUCUCUCUUCUCGCGAGAACUGGAGGUGCCUUCUUGA